UCCCGCGCGCCGCCUCCACUUCCGCCCUCAGCAGGGGGGCUCCGACAGGAAGGAUGGCGGAGCCGGCCGAGGAGCUCGCCAAGCUCGAGUACCUGUCGCUGGUCUCCAAAGUCUGCACCGAGCUGGACAACCACCUGGGCAUCAACGACAAGGACCUCGCUGAGUUUGUGAUAAAUCUGCUUGAGAAAAGCCCACAACCCUUUGGCAGCAUUUACAGACAAGCUUUGGUGAAGAAUGGUGCUGAAUUCACGGAUUCCCUUGUCAGCAACUUGUUGCGUCUCAUACAGACCAUGCGGCCUCCUGCAAAACCUUCCACUAGCAAAAAUGCUCCUAAGCCAAAAACAGAAAAGGAGAAGCUGAAGGAUUUGUUUCCAGCCCUCUGUAGGCCAGACAAUCCCACAGUCAGGACAAUGCUGGAUGAAGAUGAUGUGAAGGUGGCUGCAGAUGCUUUGAAGGAGCUGGAAGCUUUGAUGCCCGGCACUGGCGACGAUACAGCAUCGUAACAUAGUGAGAGCACCAGCCGAAAGCGCAAUGAAAUUCGCCGUCGUAGUAGAGCCGGGCUCAAAAUCGCGACCGAAAGUCUCGCUCGAGACCGCGGAAACGAACGGAAUAAGGAGUAAAUCCAGAGCACCGCUCGAGCAGAAGUCUGAGCAGGGCAACAGGAUGAGUCUGAAACCGGCCGGAGAAGGCGGUGGUGGCGAUGGCGGGAUAAACAUGUGGACCGACCUCCUCCCGAGGAGCCUUCCAUUGGCGACAUCUAUAACGGCAAAGUCACCAGCAUCAUGCAGUUUGGCUGCUUUGUGCAACUUGAAGGGCUCAGGAAGCGCUGGGAAGGACUUGUCCACAUCUCAGAGCUGCGCCGUGAGGGGCGUGUAGCCAACGUGGCUGAUGUGGUCAGCAAAGGCCAGCGGGUAAAGGUCAAAGUUCUCUCAUUCACUGGCUCCAAGACCAGCCUCAGCAUGAAGGAUGUGGAUCAAGACACAGGGGAAGACCUGAACCCCAACAGGUAAAGACACCUGGUAGGGAGAGGCCAACUGAAGGAAAGCGACCAUGAAGGACCCAGCAGUAGACCGGCCCACUCCAUCUGUGUCCGUAGUCAAGCGCCCUGAAAUUAUGAGGCGACUGACGCGCUGGAGCGGAAGCGCCUCACCCGCAUUUCAGACCCGGAGAAAUGGGAAAUCAAGCAGAUGAUUGCUGCCAAUGUGCUCUCCAAAGAGGAGUUCCGUUUUAGCGUAGAGAAAGCGGGGAUCCUGCCAAAGUUAACCCGAUGAGGGAAAGCGAACCUGGAAAGUGAGCUGGUGGAGGAGGAGGAACCUACGUUCUCUUCUAAAAAGCAUACCACCUGCCUCCUCUUUGCUUGGAGGCUUGGGCAGAACCCAGGCUCCCUUUCUCAAGCCCAUGCCAUGAUGCAAGCGGCGGCACUAGCAAAAGAAAAAGGAAGGAACUAAAAAAACGAAGGCGCGGGAGAGGCGGAGAUGGACUCCAUCCCCAUGGGACUCAACAAACACUGGGUGGACCCCCUCCCAGAUGUGGACGGGAGGCAAAUUGCUGCCAACAUGCGGGGGAUUGGAAUGAUGCCAAACGACAUCCCCGAGUGGAAGAAACACGCUUUUGGAGGCAACAAAGGUACCUCUUGCGACAAAAGAACUCAGCUGUCCCAUCAUGGUGGAACAGGGCAGGAAAGCUCUCCCAGCUUUCCCGGCUGAAGGAUCCAGCUCAUCCAGGCAGUCCACGAUAACCAGAUACUGAUUGUCAUCGGAGAGACGGGCUCUGGAAAGACGACUCAGAUCACCCAGUACCUGGCUGAGGCUGGCUACACCACCCGCGGGAAGAUUGGCUGCACCCAGCCACGCCGAGUGGCUGCCAUGUCUGUCGCCAAGAGGGUUUCUGAGGAGUUUGGUUGUUGUCUGGGGCAGGAGAUAGUGGCGAUGUGGAUAGGCUGGGGGCCCUCUUGGGGAAAUCACUUGAAACCAGGUGGGAAGGACGCGGCGUCACCAUCCGCACCGAGUAUUAUCUUUGGUCUCCUGAAAAAGACUGUUCAAAAGAGACCAGACAUGAAGCUGAUUGUGACUUCGGCCACCCUGGAUGCAGUCAAGUUCUCUCAGUAUUUCUACGAGGCUCCCAUCUUCACCAUCCCAGGCAGGACAUUACCCAGUGGAGAUCCACUCACCGAGGGCGAGGGAGAUAUCCUGGUGUUUUUGACCGGGCAAGAGGAGAUUGACACAGCCUGUGAAAUUCUCUAUGGCCGGUUGAAAUUAAAGCUGGGCCCAGGCAUGCCGAGGCACGUUCAUCUAAUACUCACCGGGUGCUUUGGCGAAUGCAGACAGGCCCAGGCAAAGCAGCGGGCUGGGAGAGCUGGGAGAACAGGCCCAGGCAAGUGCUACCGGCUCUACACGGAGCGUGCCUACGCUGAUAGGAGAUGCGCCCCAACCCUUAAGCACGUGCCGAGAUCCAAAGGACCAGGCUUGGCUAGCACUGUGCACAAUAAAGGUGGCGCAAUGGGAAUAAACGACCUGCUGUCUUUCGAUUUCAUGGAUGCUCCCCCAAUGGAAACGCUCAUCACUGCCAUGGAGCAGCUGUACACCCUUAGAGACCCUGGAUGAUGAGGGCUGCUGACUGACAAGCCAUUAAUAUCCCUUCCUUUGUCCCGACGGAUGGCCGGAGUUCCCCCCCUGGAGCCCAUGUUGUGCAAGAUGCUGAUCAUGUCCUGUCCACCUGGGGGGGGUUACAGUGAGGCAAGAUAGGCGCUCGCCAUAGUGCUCCGUAUAUCUGCAAGAAUGCUCUUCUAUCGGCCCAAAGGUGAGCAAAGGCGGAGAGACAAGCAAGCUCUCGCUGACCAAAAGAAAGCCAAAUUCCACCAGACCGAAGGGGACCACCUCACACUUCUCGCUGUGUACAAUUCCUGGAAGAACAACAAGUUCUCCAAUCCCUGGUGCUACGAGAACUUCAUCCAAGCCCGCUCACUGCGCCGGGCGCAGGAUAUCCGCAAGCAAAUGCUGGGCAUCAUGGACAGGCACAAGUUGGACGUCGUAUCGUGCGGAAAAGCGACCGUGCGGGUCCAGAAGGCCAUCUGCAGUGGCUUCUUCCGGAAUGCAGCCAAGAAAGAUCCCCAGGAGGGUUACCGGACCUUGAUUGACCAGCAGGUGGUCUAUAUCCACCCCUCAAGCGCCCUCUUCAACCGCCAGCCUGAAUGGGUUGUGUAUCAUGAGCUGGUGCUCACAACCAAGGAGUAUAUGCGGGAAGUCACCACCAUAGACCCCCGCUGGCUGGUGGAGUUUGCCCCGGCUUUCUUCAAGGUUUCUGACCCCACAAAGCUGAGCAAGCAGAAGAAGCAGCAGCGCCUGGAGCCACUUUACAACCGCUACGAGGAGCCCAACGCCUGGAGGAUCUCGCGGGCAUUCAGGCGCCGGUGAGUUCUCUUCCUGGCAUGUCAAGAACUGCUGAAGAUCUUGAAGCUGCGUUUCCGGCCAGCCCAGCCUACAAAAACAGGAGUCUGCAGUUGGAAUUGAAGAGAAGCAACUUGGAGCCACCAUUGGAUUGGCCAUCAGAGCUGAUUCAGAGACUUUGGAAAGAAAGUUCUGUGCCUCAGUUUCCAAAAUGUCUGAUGAGGAACAGGUGUUGUACACCUUUGGACCCUCUUGGCUAGGAAAGAUCAAAUGGAUAUUCCAGCUUCUGUGUUACCUGAAGAAGUCGUUGAGGAAAGUCACUUGCUCUUCAUUUUGUGAUUUUUGCUUGGAACACUGGCUUCUUCUUUCCCCACAUUCGGACUGGUCUCUUGCUUUAGAGCUCGCAGCCCUCCAGAUGUUAUGGACUACACUUCCCAUCAUGCUGGCAGGGGGUGAUGGGAACUGUAGUCCAUAACAUCUGGAAGCCCGCGCGUUUGACACCUGUGCUUUAGAACAACCCACUGGCAAUGCGAUCAGAUGUCUGUGAUUCUGGAGAAAGUGGGAAGGAUCCCCUAAUUGGGGAGGGGAAGGGACUGGUCUUGGGCAUGUUCUUUGUGUCUGGGUCCUUCACAGAGGCUUUGGGUAAGAUUUGCUAACUUUGGAUAAACUUUCCCCUGUACUUACCAUAAAACUGUGCUGACCUCCUGUUUAUGUUCCAGAACCCUCCAAAGCAGGUUUUUGCAAGAGGUAAAAUAAAGACAAACCUACAAACA